UAUGGUUUUUAGUUCUUGGGUUUUUUUCAGAGAGUUCUAGAGGCCAACUAAAAUUAUUAGGAGAUGAUGGAAACUGAAGAGAAAAAGGAUGUAACUGAGGUGGUGCAUUAUGGGACUGAAAGUGCAUACGAAAGAGAAGUUGACAUUCCUAUUGAGAAGGUUGAAGAUUCCUCUGGAAUUACUAAAGAAACACCCCAUGUUAAACAGUGGAGGAGACAAAAUCUCUUUUUGGAUAUACCAUUAAGAACAUUGGAGGUCUCUCGGCAGGAGUUUGUUCAAAUAAAGAUGCCUCCGACGCCAACUCCCACUCCCAAGAAAGUUAAUUUCCUUUUGACGCCUAGCCCUUCUGAUUCAAGAGUAAAUGCGUCCCCUGGUCCCUCUUCAUCCAGAGGUAAAUCAUCCAUAAAGAAUCUCUUACCAAAAUUAAGCUUCAAGUACAGGAAUCCUAAUUCAGACAUAGAGAAAAGUACCAACAUAGAUCCAGAAGCUUCAUCGACAAUGCAACAAGAGAGACCUUCCUUCUCAAGGUCGUGGUCACUUUCCAAAAUAUUUACUCCUCGGAUGAAGAGAACAUCAUCUCUACCUGGCACGCCAAUCCCACAUUCAAAUCCAGAGUCUGUAAGUGGAGGAAGUGUUGGCAGUUCAUUGACGUUAGACACAAAAGGACCGCAGCGCCACAUAUCUCGAUCACUUUCAGUUCCUGUCAUCAAGAAAGAAAGAAGCAUUCGGAGGAUGGAUUCGUUUUUCCGUGUCAUUCCCUCAACUCCACAAGUGAAAAACGGGGAUGCCGCGAUGUCAACUAUAGUUUCAACAGGAGAUGCUGAAGUAAAGGAAGAUGAUGGUGAAGAUAUACCUGAAGAAGAGGCUGUUUGUCGUAUUUGUCUGGUGGAGUUAUGUGAGGGUGGAGAAACCCUCAAAAUGGAAUGCAGCUGCAAAGGUGAACUUGCUUUGGCACACCAAGAAUGCGCUGUAAAAUGGUUUAGCAUCAAAGGUAACAAGACCUGUGAUGUGUGCAAGCAAGAGGUUCAAAAUCUACCAGUCACACUUUUACGCAUCCAAAGUGUUCGAAAUCGAAACACUGGAGUAAAUAGAGUUCGGCAGAUGGAAAUUAAUGGAUACAGGGUUUGGCAGGAAGUUCCCAUUCUGGUGAUUGUCAGCAUGCUUGCCUACUUUUGCUUUCUCGAGCAGCUUCUGGUUGCAAAAAUGGGUAGUGGUGCAAUUGCCAUAUCUCUUCCCUUUUCUUGUGUUCUGGGUCUCCUCGCAUCCAUGACCUCUUCAACUAUGGUGAAGAGAAGAUUUGUCUGGGUUUACGCAUCAAUCCAAUUCGCGCUCGUGGUUCUCUUUGCGCAUCUUUUCUACUCCUUGGUUCAUCUGCAACCAGUUCUCUCCAUUCUUCUCUCCACAUUUGCUGGAUUUGGUGCUGCAAUGAGUGGAAGUUCCAUUCUUGUUGAGUUUUUGAGAUGGAGAAGAAGUUGGCACGCCUUGUCAGAGCAGAAUCACCUUCCCCAAAUCCUAUUGCCUCCAGGGCGACGGCCUCAAACUGCAGUAUCAUCUCAUAUCGGUCCUCAACACCAUCAAACAGAAACUGAAAAUCCUGAAACUUUCAGUGGGAGCUAAUUAGUAUUACAUGAUAGUUUACAACCUGUAAAGCUGAAAAGUGAAGAGAUUUUGUAUUUAUACAGAUUGAAGCAUAUGAUAUUUCAUCAACAACAUUUCCAAAUCGGGUUCUUUAUCUCGUUUAAAUGAAAGUAAAAGAAAAGAAAGAAGAAUCUUACAAUGUGUUGUCAUGGG